AUGAGGGUGGUGUCGUCCGUGAACUUGAUCAGCUUCACGGAGUCGUGGCUGGAGGUGCAGUGGUUGGAGGAAGUCAGUGAUCCACCUGCAGGUGGAAUCGGGCACGUUGAGCUGGGAGAGCUUGUCCUGGAGCAGGGAGAGCUAGUCCUGGAGCAGGGAGAGCUAGUCCUGGAGCUGGGAGAGCUUGUCCUGGAGCAGGGAGAGCUAGUCCUGGAGCAGGGAGAGCUAGUCCUGGAGCAGGGAGAGCUAGUCCUGGAGCAGGGAGAGCUAGUCCUGGAGCAGGGAGAGCUAGUCCUGGAGCAGGGAGAGCUAGUCCUGGAGCUGGGAGAGCUUGUCCUGGAGCAGGGAGAGCUAGUCCUGGAGCAGGGAGAGCUUGUCCUGGAGCAGGGAGAGCUUGUCCUGGAGCAGGGAGAGCUUGUCCUGGAGCAGGGAGAGCUUGUCCUGGAGCUGGGAGAGCUUGUCCUGGAGCAGGGAGAGCUAGUCCUGGAGCUGGGAGAGCUUGUCCUGGAGCAGGGAGAGCUAGUCCUGGAGCAGGGAGAGCUAGUCCUGGAGCAGGGAGAGCUAGUCCUGGAGCAGGGAGAGCUAGUCCUGGAGCAGGGAGAGCUAGUCCUGGAGCUGGGAGAGCUUGUCCUGGAGCAGGGAGAGCUAGUCCUGGAGCAGGGAGAGCUAGUCCUGGAGCAGGGAGAGCUAGUCCUGGAGCAGGGAGAGCUAGUCCUGGAGCAGGGAGAGCUAGUCCUGGAGCUGGGAGAGCUUGUCCUGGAGCAGGGAGAGCUUGUCCUGGAGCUGGGAGAGCUUGUCCUGGAGCUGGGAGAGCUAGUCCUGGAGCAGGGAGAGCUAGUCCUGGAGCAGGGAGAGCUAGUCCUGGAGCAGGGAGAGCUAGUCCUGGAGCAGGGAGAGCUAGUCCUGGAGCAGGGAGAGCUAGUCCUGGAGCUGGGAGAGCUUGUCCUGGAGCAGGGAGAGCUUGUCCUGGAGCUGGGAGAGCUAGUCCUGGAGCAGGGAGAGCUAGUCCUGGAGCAGGGAGAGCUAGUCCUGGAGCAGGGAGAGCUAGUCCUGGGGCAGGGAGAGCUAGUCCUGGAGCAGGGAGAGCUAGUCCUGGAGCAGGGAGAGCUAGUCCUGGAGCAGGGAGAGCUAGUCCUGGAGCAGGGAGAGCUAGUCCUGGAGCAGGGAGAGCUAGUCCUGGAGCAGGGAGAGCUAGUCCUGGAGCAGGGAGAGCUAGUCCUGGAGCUGGGAGAGCUUGUCCUGGAGCAGGGAGAGCUAGUCCUGGAGCAGGGAGAGCUAGUCCUGGAGCAGGGAGAGCUAGUCCUGGAGCAGGGAGAGCUAGUCCUGGAGCAGGGAGAGCUAGUCCUGGAGCAGGGAUGGCAGGAUUGUGUUGAAGGCAGAGCUGAAGUCCACGAACAGGACCCUGGCGUAGAGUCUCUCGCGGCUGGAGCGCGGCGCGGAGCUCCUCCUCUCUCGUCGCUCUCUCUCUCGGUCUACGAAGACUCAAAACUGGUCGAGCAACUCGAGCACGAAGAAACCUGCUCUAUCUGCUCAGUCGUCUGCCUCUCUCCGUCUGGGGCCGUCUCUCACUCUGCUCUCUCGUCAUCGUGCUCUCCUCCGUCCUGGGGUUGUCUCAAUCUCUCAUGGUCUCAUCCGUACCUCGCUCUCUCUCUGCCUCUCUCUCCUCUGCUCUCCUCCGAUUCCGGUCCUCCCAAUCUGCUCUCCUCUCCUCUGGGCCACCUCCAGGUCUCUCCUCUGCGCGUCUCUCGUCUGCUCUCUUCUCUCUCUGCUCACAUCUCCUUCUGGCUCUCGAGUCUCUUUCCUCUGCCCUCUCUCGCGCUCUCUCCUCUCUGCUCUCCCCUUUCUCUCUCCUACUCGACCUUGGGCGCUUAUCUCGUCUCAUUCUGCUCUCCGUCUCUCCGGUCUUCUUACUGCUCUCUCUCACAGGUGUCUGCUCUCUCUCUUGGCUCUCCGACUCUCUUCUUGGCUCAUCUCCCAUCCUGGGGGGUCUCUCUCGCGGACCUCCUCAAUCUGUCCUCUCUCCGAGAUAAUCUUAGCUAG